AUGGAGAGCUUACGGGCAGGGCUGGGGCACGUCUCUGCUGCUGGGUUGAGUGUCUGCACCUAUUGUGAAGCCUUUCUGUUCCCAAGGGUGAGCAGGAUGGCGGCAGAUCUAUGGUGCAUUUACUCCAAGCCGGUCCCUGCAGGUGGCAGGGAGCUGCGGGCCCUGUUCCUGCAGUGCUCCUGCCUCGCCGCCGUGGUUGGAGGCCUCUUCUACAACUGGCUCUUUGCUUCCCUGGAGUACUCCUGGCACCUCGCUGUGGUGAUGGCUGUCUCCUUCAGCCUGCUCCUCCUCCUUACCUUGUUCCUGGUGCACCCUGCCCGCUGUGUCUUCAGCAUGAUCAUGCCCACGUUGGGCACCAAGCAAGGUCGGAAGCUCCUCUUGUCAACCUGCGUCAUGAUCGUGGCGGUUAACGUGACCCCGAACAUCGUGAGCAACAUUAAAACCAUUCUGCAGGUCAUCAAGUGCAUCUGCAAGAAUUCCUCCGAGAGCCUGUUGAACUCAACUGCUCUGCUGGGGAUGGCUUCCUGGGAGUUCGGGGAGGAAAUCCAAGCAGCCGGUAAUUCCAUUAAUAUUUGGAGGCCUAUGAACGGGCAUUUUAGGUUUUCACUGCUUCGCAACAGAUCCCUGAUUAACCAGCAGAUGCACCUGGCUGGUGAGAAAGUCAGGAGGGACUUUUUGGCUGUUGAAGAACUGGUCAAAGACUCCGUACGAGCGGGCAACAAACUGGUCGCUGGCUUUUCUGUGCUCUACCUCUGCUUUGAAUCUGCAUGGUAUUUGAAAAAUUACCUCACCAACCUCCGCUUUGACAAUUUUUACAUCACCAAGAAGCUGGAACGUUUAGCCAUGGACAGAAAAGCUGCUCACCUGCUGGGGGGCUCAUCCAAAAACCUCAUUCGGCCCACGGGCCUGAAGUUGUCCCGAGAAGAAGUGCUGCUGUGCCUGGUGCAGGCCCUGCGCCUCACCGUGGCCUUGAUGCUGAUGCUGGUGGUGGUGGCGAUGGACCAUGUCACCUUCAGCGUGGCGGACACAGCUGUGAGGAAGGUGGCUCAGUUCUCCGUGGUGCCCGUCACUCUCAACAUCAAAUACAACGCUAAAAUACAGCUCCUGCCCCAUUUCCCGCCCCAUUUCCCAUUUCAGCUUCCUCACAAAGAAUCGACCCUGCGGGACUUUGAGAAGAGUUAUCACCACUACCUGACCUUCAGCUCUGCCCACUGCAGCAUCAGCCCCCCCCUGCCCCCCAACCCCUCUCUGCUGCUUGUCAUGGGGCUGCUCUUCUGCAUCAUCUACGCCACCGUGUUUCUGGAAGCCUAUGCACGGCGCCUGUGCAGGAAAAUCGCUGCCUCCUUCUUCGAGAGCCGGGAGGAGGAGCGAGCACUUUACCUCUACAGCAAGCUCUCCAGGAAGCACGCGGAGGAGCAAAGCUGCCCGAAAAACUGA